AUGAGCAUCACACCAACACAAGUCAACCUUCAAGACUCGAGUAGCUACAGCACCGCCAGUAGCGUCCCGGAUGACGUUUACAAGCGGCUCCCGAAAAUGUACAAAUCGACCAAGCUGGCUCCAGUGGACCUGAAGUUUGACAUGGUCCGCGAGGAGUCUCACACUGUGAGCCUGAAAAAGGCCCACAAGGCCGCUCUGAGGAGCCAGGUCCUGAGCGGUUCCCGCAAGGCACAAGCAUCCGUGAUGUUUGUCGUAAAGCGUCCCGGUUGCAUUUUGUGUCACGAACAAGGUGACGACCUACAAAAGCUAGUGGGAGAGUUCUCAAACCAGUCGGUUGCUGCCUUUGCUUGCAUCAAGGAAAUCAACGUGGAUGACGAGGGUCUCUUGACAUUGUACAAAAACUACUUUCAAUUCCCCUUCUACCGCGACACUGAGUUGAGUGUGUACAGUGCCUUGGGAGACCGAAAGGUGAAUGUAGUGACAGCCUUGCGUCGGUGGUACUCGGCCAAGAAACGUUGGGAGAAAAAGGGACUUCGUGGCAAUAUGAUUGGAAAGGGAGAAGGCAUGCUUUUGGGAGGUGUCAUGGUUUUCAACCGAAAAGGAGAGCUACAGUAUGCAUACAAAGAGCAGAUCGGUUUGCCGCUGCCCAUUGAUGAGAUCCGCACCGCCAUCAAGGAGGUUAUGAAUGAGUAA